CCCAGUUUUAACAGAAACACAAGCCCCAAAACAGGAGAGAAAGAAGAAGAAAUACUCGAGAAAUUUCUCACAUAGGGUUUGGAUUUUUCGAGCAAUCUUCUCUCUCCGUCACUUCAUCUCGCGCGAUCAAUUCCGAUCCCACACGCUUUCAUGAUCGUCGUCUUCGACAGCCUCUGAUUCGGUUCUGAUCUCUCUCGCCGUGUUCCUCCACCGGAACCAUGAUCUCCGUACAGGGCGACCACCACCACCGCCACCAUCACUACCACCACCAGCCGCAGCUCCCUGGCUCCGCCGACACUUCUCGGCCGCAGUUCACCGGGGAUCGUGUUGAGCCCUUCUCCGUCAAGCAGGAACCCGCGUCGCUCACUCUUUUGCCAUUACGCGGUCACGAUUCCAAUGAAGUUGAUGAAGAUGUGCACUUGUCUCUUGCGCAUCAAAUGUACAAGACUGGCAAUUAUAAGCAAGCCCUAGAGCACAGCAACACUGUCUAUGAGAGAAAUCCGCUCCGUACUGACAACUUACUACUCCUGGGUGCAAUUUAUUAUCAGUUGCAUGAUUUUGACAUGUGUGUUGCAAAAAAUGAAGAAGCUCUGAGAAUUGAGCCACACUUUGCUGAGUGUUAUGGGAAUAUGGCAAAUGCAUGGAAGGAAAAAGGAAACAUUGACCUUGCAAUUCGCUACUACUUGAUUGCCAUAGAGCUCCGUCCCAAUUUUGCUGAUGCAUGGUCAAAUCUAGCUAGCGCAUACAUGCGUAAAGGAAGACUCACUGAAGCAGCUCAGUGUUGUCGUCAAGCACUUGCUAUAAAUCCUCUAAUGGUUGAUGCUCAUAGCAACUUGGGUAAUCUAAUGAAAGCUCAAGGCUUGGUGCAAGAAGCAUACAGUUGUUACCUUGAGGCAUUGCGCAUUCAACCUACCUUUGCUAUUGCAUGGUCAAAUCUUGCCGGUCUAUUCAUGGAGUCGGGUGAUUUCAACAGGGCUCUUCAGUAUUACAAGGAAGCAGUGAAACUAAAACCUUCCUUCCCUGAUGCAUAUCUGAACCUUGGGAAUGUGUACAAGGCUCUAGGGAUGCCUCAAGAAGCUAUUGCAUGUUAUCAACAUGCUCUUCAGACACGGCCAAACUAUGGCAUGGCUUAUGGUAAUUUGGCCAGUAUAUAUUAUGAGCAAGGUCAACUGGACAUGGCAAUUCUUCACUAUAAACAAGCUGUUGCAUGUGACCCUAGAUUUUUGGAAGCUUACAAUAACUUGGGUAAUGCUCUAAAAGAUGUUGGCAGAGUAGAGGAAGCAAUCCAGUGCUAUAAUCAAUGCCUUACAUUACAGCCUAACCACCCACAAGCAUUGACCAAUCUUGGAAAUAUAUACAUGGAAUGGAACAUGGCUGCUGCUGCUGCUUCAUAUUAUAAAGCUACACUGAAUGUAACAACUGGAUUGUCUGCUCCUUAUAACAACCUUGCAAUCAUCUAUAAGCAGCAGGGUAAUUAUGUAGAUGCCAUAUCCUGCUACAAUGAGGUCCUCCGCAUUGAUCCCUUGGCAGCUGAUGGGCUAGUAAAUAGAGGCAAUACAUAUAAGGAGAUUGGUCGAGUUAGUGAAGCUAUCCAGGAUUACAUACGUGCAAUUGCUGUCAGGCCCACCAUGGCUGAAGCCCAUGCUAAUUUGGCUUCUGCUUAUAAAGAUAGUGGACAUGUAGAGGCUGCUGUGAAGAGCUAUAAACAGGCAUUGAUUCUUCGUCCGGACUUCCCUGAAGCAACUUGCAAUCUCCUACAUACACUUCAGUGUGUCUGCUGUUGGGAGGAUCGUGAGAAAAUGUUCAAGGAAGUUGAAGGGAUAAUCAAGAGGCAGAUUAAUAUGUCUGUUCUUCCUAGUGUCCAGCCUUUCCAUGCUAUAGCAUAUCCACUUGACCCAAUGCUUGCUCUGGAAAUUAGCCGUAAAUAUGCUGCACACUGCUCUGUAAUUGCAUCUCGUUUUGCUCUUCCUGCAUUCAACCAUCCUGCACCUAUUCCAAUCAAGCGGGAGGGAGGAUAUGAGAGACUAAGGGUUGGGUAUGUCAGUAGUGACUUCGGUAAUCACCCCUUAUCACAUCUCAUGGGAUCUGUUUUUGGUAUGCACAACAGGAAGAAUGUUGAGGUGUUCUGCUAUGCCUUGAGUGCAAAUGAUGGUACUGAAUGGAGACAACGUAUUCAGUCUGAAGCAGAGCACUUUGUGGAUGUUUCUGCCAUGUCAUCGGAUGCAAUAGCAAAAUUGAUCAAUGAGAAUAAGAUACAUAUCCUUGUCAACCUUAAUGGUUAUACAAAGGGUGCCAGAAAUGAGAUAUUUGCUAUGCAACCUGCACCAAUUCAAGUUUCAUAUAUGGGAUUCCCCGGAACAACUGGGGCUACUUACAUAGAUUACUUGGUCACUGAUGAGUUUGUUUCACCACUACGGUAUGCACAUAUUUAUUCUGAGAAGAUUGUCCAUCUCCCCCAUUGCUACUUUGUAAAUGAUUAUAAACAGAAAAAUCAAGAUGUGUUAGAUCCAAACUGCCCCCACAAACGAUCAGAUUAUGGUCUACCUGAGGAUAAAUUUAUAUUUGCAUGCUUCAAUCAACUUUACAAGAUGGAUCCUGAAAUAUUUAAUACAUGGUGCAACAUUCUUAAACGGGUACCCAACAGUGCACUCUGGCUCCUGAGAUUUCCUGCUGCAGGCGAAAUGAGACUGAGAGCAUAUGCUGCUGCACAAGGGGUACAGCCAGAUCAAAUUAUUUUCACGGAUGUUGCAAUGAAGAAUGAACACAUCAGACGGAGUUCUUUAGCGGACUUAUUCCUCGACUCGCCUUUAUGCAAUGCACAUACAACAGGAACAGAUAUAUUAUGGGCAGGUUUGCCGAUGGUUACUCUGCCUCUUGAGAAAAUGGCUACUAGGGUUGCUGGGUCACUCUGUCUUGCUACUGGACUUGGGGAGGAAAUGAUUGUUAGCAGCAUGAAAGAGUAUGAAGAUAGAGCUGUAUCAUUGGCUCUGAAUCGGCCGAAGCUUCAAGCUCUUACUAACAAGCUUAAAUCUGUUCGCAUGACUUGCCCACUAUUUGACACAACGCGCUGGGUGAGGAAUCUUGAGAGAUCGUAUUUUAAAAUGUGGAAUCUGCAUUGUUCAGGUCAGCGCCCACAACACUUCAAGGUCACUGAAAAUGAUCUCGAAUGUCCUUAUGACAGAUAGACAUAGGAAUUAGACGGGAAUGUAGAUAAGAAAAUUAAGAGAGUCGUAUUUUAGCCUACCCACAUUGUUGAGGCCUAGUUACUCAAAAAUGUUGGUGGGUUAUUUUAGUUGCUCAUUGUUGAUGUAUUACCUUGUAUUAGUAAAAGUGUAAAAGAGAAAAAUUGUGACGUACUCAUGUAGUAGCAGUAGUAAGAGAGUAAAAAAUGUGACUUAUUUUUAUUUAUUUAUAAUAGAAAGUGUUUGCUUUGGAGUUAU